AUGCUUAUAAAAGAUUGGCUUCUACGCAGAGCUUCGCUUGCACUGCGUCCCCGUCGACGCCGUCAAAUGCCGUCUAGCGCUUGCUGCUCGAAUUGUUAUACAAAAUACUCCAUUCUCAACCCGGAAGAAGGCUGUUCAAACUGUGCAUUCUCAUUCUGCCGGAAAUGUUUGCCGCAUCGGGCAAUCAUACCAAAAUAUGCCAACAAACCCGUCACCGUCUGCGCACGAUGUUUUGAAAAACUCAACGCUAAGACAUUGGAAAAUCAAGAAAAGGAUGGCACCAUGAUUACAAGAAUACCAAUCGCUGAUCCACCGAAAGCGCCACAUUCAGGAGCGGCCAGCACGUCUUCAACGAAUUGGGGGGUGCUGGCAUACUCCACCAUUCUUCAGGACGUGCUGCCUUGUACCUUACCUGUACAUAUUCCGAAGACCCCUCUCAACGGUCCUGCACUCACUGAGAUCGAGGAGCGUUUGGCUGCCUUGCGAGGUUGUGAUGUCGAGCUCAUUCGUCGUCCACGCUGCAUGUUCGAAUCAGCGGAGAAACCUCGCCCAUCAGCGGGCACGGCAGAACAGCUUAUGAAAGAGGCAAAAGAUUUAGCCGAGAUUGAAGAAAGACAUGACGUGGGCAAUGAAUUGGAGAGACGGUUCAAACGUCUAAAAUAUGAAGACGAGCCGCCGCCUAACGAAAAUCCUGACGGAGCAGAGACGAACGAGCUCACUCCAGGUGCAGCGAAUGAACCACGUAUGUCCACAGUGUCAUCAGCGACUGCUUUCAGCGAGGCUACGGCGAACGAGUUGGAGGAAAUAAAGAGGUUAAUGGAAGACGCAGAAAAAAGGGUCAAAGCUACUGAAGCAGACGACAAACUUGUUCAGCAAGAGAUGAGAAGUGUGUUAGCUGCCACGAGACAGAAAUCACUCGAGGUGGAGAAGGUGAACAGGGAGAUCGGAAAAUUCUGGGAUAAACAGCUGGAUAAGGUUGAGUUUUCUGAAUCGGACGAGGAUGACAUUGACGAUGAAACCGUUAAGAAGAUCAUAUUAGAGGCUGAAAAUGCGACUCCCGAUGUCCCUGAAGAUCCUCCAGAGAAAGUAGCUGUAACACCGACAACUGCGCAGUCAUCGUCACCGAAGAAAGCUGGUUUCUUCAGCAAAUUUUUUCGACGGUGA